UGUUAAAAGUACCUAAAGUAAUAAUUUUGUUUUGGAGAUUAAUAAUGAGACCUUAUUGAUGAAAUAUGAUCGGUUAUUGUAGACGUGUAACCCCUUGAUGGCAUUUGGCUACCGUUCUGCUCCUCAGAUGCCUGAAAGGAGCAUCUGAUCCAUGAUGAAGUUCGUAGUCCUCGCCCUCGCUGUCUUGCUGGCAGGCUGCCAAGCCCAAUUCCUGUGGGACGAACCGCCGCCGCAGCUGCAGCACGUGAAGUCUGAGCUCCAGUUUUACGCAGAUCAGCUGAAGCAGGGGGCGUACAAGGCCCUCACUCACCUCGACGACACCGAAUUCAAAGACUACAAGGAAUUCCUGGGCCUGUAUGUGGACAACCUCCACCGCUACUUUCAGAACGGCAUCCAAGCCAUCAGCCCACUCGCCACCCAUCUGAUGGAGCACACUAAAGACAAGCGUGAGAAGCUGAACAAGGAAGUGGAGGACCUGCGCAAGAAGAUCGAGCCCAAGCACAAGGAGCUCAGGCAGGUGCUGGAGAAGCACUUCCAGGAGUACAGUGACGAGCUGAAGCCUUUACUGGAGGAGUACCUGACCAAGCAGCGCAAACUCAUGGAGGAGGUGAGGACCAAGCUAGAGCAUCUGGUCAAGAGUUUGAAGGAGAAGAUUGGAACCAACUGGGAGGAGACCAAGUCCAAGCUGUUGCCCAUCGUGGAGGCUGUGCGCAAGAAGGUGAUGGAGUUACUCCUGUGCCUGAAGAAUCAGCUGGAGCCCUACAUCGAGGAGUAUAGGGAUCAAAUAGAGAAGGGAGUGUUGAAGUUCCGCAAGAGCGUGAAAUCUGGAGAACUGAGGAAAAAGAUGAACGAGUUGGGUGAGGAGGUGAAGCCUCACUUCCAGGCAAUUUUCACAGCUGUCCAAAAGGCUGUGGAGAAGGAGUAAACCAACCCUUUUUUACACCUUCCCUUCACCUCGCCACCGAGUACCAAGACCUCGAGCCGUCAUCAUCCGGAAGGCUUUUCUCCAAGUGUAACUGACCUUCGCUGAAGCACACACACUCACACAUGCUGACAAUACACUCACAUGCACUUUUGACAAAUUCCCACAACUACAGGACUUGCAUUGGCUCUAAUGGGCAAAUACAGCUAAGAAUUAAAGAACACUAAAUCCUGUUCAUUCAAAAAUGCCUAGCAAAAAUCUUUUGUUAAGCUGCUUUUUGUUAAAAACUGAUUUUCAAUGUUCGAUGAAAUAAAAUAAUAAAAAAUAAUAAAAAU